GCUGGGAGCGAGUUCGUGUCCCGCCCCAGCGCCGCAGCUGCCGCCGGACUCGGAGCGGGGGGAGCCGGGGCGCUGCGAGCUGCACCGCUGGCCCCUGCCGGACAGACGGGCGCCAUGGUGGAGUACUACGAAGUGCUGGGUGUGCCCCGAAAUGCCUCCUCGGACGACAUCAAGAAGGCGUACAGGAAGGCGGCGCUGAAAUGGCACCCGGAUAAGAACCCGGAGAACAAGGAACACGCCGAGCGGAAGUUCAAAGAGAUUGCAGAGGCCUAUGAAGUGCUGUCGGACAAGGAGAAGCGUGACGUCUACGACCACUAUGGCAAGGAAGGCCUCAUGGGAGCAGCAGGGCCUGGGGGACCAAGAGCCGAUGCGGGAGUCCCCGAAUUCACCUUCACCUUCCGCAGCGCCCACGACGUCUUCCGGGAGUUCUUCGGCGGGCGGGAUCCCUUCGCUGACCUCUUCGAUGAGAUGCUGCCGUUCUCAGAGCUGCGGGGAACUGGCCUCCGACGCCCCGGACCAGGCUCCUUCUUCUCCUCUUUCCCGGCAUCCUCAGAUUUCUUCUCCUCGUCCUUCAGCCCCGGCACCGACCCCGGAAUUGGCUUCCGCUCGGUUUCCACCUCCACCACCUUCGUCAACGGCAAACGCAUCACCACGAAGAGGAUUGUGGAGAACGGGCAGGAACGGGUGGAGGUGGAAGAGGACGGGGAGCUGAAAUCGAUCCACGUUAACGGUGUCCCUGACGACAUGGCGCUGGGGCUGGAGCUGAGCCGCCGGGAGCAGCAGGCCCUCCUGGGCCAGGCCUCGCCCUCGCCCCCAGCACCGCCGCGGCCCCGCGACUCGUCCCCGGUCUGCCUGUACACGGACAGCGAGGAGGAGGACGAGGACCUGCAGCUGGCCAUGGCCUACAGCCUGUCGGAGAUGGAGGCCGCGGGGCAGCACAGAGCAGGUGUGUUCUGAGGGAUGCGCUGCGGGAACCCUGCCAUGGUCACUCGCCCAGGGAGGCUGGUUACACCCGGACAUCGCUCUGUUCCUCCCCCUCCCCGAGUACCCCUGGGCUGUGUAGUGGGGGGUUGGGUGUGCUGUGGGCAUCUUGCCCUGCCCUGAGUCUGGGCUGUGGCCUUGCUGGGCCCGGGCACCGCUGCAGGGGCCUGGGCCAGGUGCCUGGAGCAGUGAGCGGGGUGGCCCUGGUAGGAGGGGGGGUGGGGGGCCAGAGCCCAUGACACCUCCAGCCCAGCCCUGCUGCGGGUUGCUGAGGCUGGGGUGGGGUGGCAGCGGGAUGAGGCCUAAUUGCAGGGGUGGAGGUAGCCCAGGGCAAGGAGUCUCUUCUCCCUCCCCUCCCCCCCCAAUGGUCUCCUUCCUGUGGGGGGGGGCUGUAACUGGAAGAGAUGGCGGAUUCCCCCUCAGAGCCUGCACCCUGGGAGGGGAUCUUACUCCACACCCUCCCCCUUCCCCUCACAGCUGGGCAGGAGCGGCUCUAAGGCUGUGAAUGCAAGGGGGGUGGAAGGACUGUGCCUGUGCCCUGUGGUGCAUCUCCCUUGCUGCUGUGAGGCUGUACCACCCCCCAGGGCAUGGACCCUGCUGUCAGUCAAUAAACCGUUUGCAGUAGA